AUGCUAUCGCUUCUCUGCCGUUCCCUCCUGCUCAUCCUUGCUCAACAGUGCUUUAGCAGGGCUCAGAACAAUGGGCAGCUGGCUCCUCAAGAUGGGCGAGCUGCGUCUGAGAGGCGGCAGUUCUGCCAGUGGCCCUGCAAGUGUCGGCAAAGACCCCAUUGUGCCCCGGGAGUGAGCUCCGUCCUGGAUGGGUGUGGCUGCUGCAAGAGCUGUGCCAGGCAGAUCGGAGAGCCGUGCAACGAGAGGGACGUCUGCGACCCACACAAGGGCAUGUACUGUGACUUUUCAGCUGACCAACCACGAUACGAGGUCGGAGUGUGUGCAUACAUGAUGGCAGUCGGCUGUGACCUGAAUGGGGCCCACUAUGAGAACGGAGAAGGUUUCCAGCCCAGCCCCCUCUAUAAGUGCACAUGUAUUGCUGGAGCCAUCGGCUGCACCCCUGCUUUCAUCCAGAAGCCUGCUGGCCUCUUAGGCCCCGCCCCGCUGAUGGGCAACAUGCCAGCCGGCCUGCGCAGCGGCCAGAGCCCAAAGAAGCACCAGCAGGAUACUACCUACAUGUCAGCUUACAGGGAUCCUCCUUUAGCCUGGAAGAAGAACUGCCUGAUCCAGACCACCCCAUGGAGCCCCUGCUCCAAAACCUGCGGCCUGGGCAUCUCCGUACGCGUCAACAACGACAACAGCAAAUGUGAGAUGAGAAAGGACCGACGCCUGUGUCUGCUGCGACCUUGUGAGAAGAGCGUGAUGAAGACUGUUAAGGUGCCGAAGGGAAAGACUUGCCGGCCUAAAUUCCAAGCAAAGAAAGCGGAGAAGCUAACACUCUCGGGCUGCACCAGCACAAAGAAGUUUAAGCCCACGUACUGCGGUAUAUGUACAGACAAGCGCUGCUGUGUCCCCAACAAGUCCCGCAUGAUCAAGGUCGACUUCACGUGCAAGGGAGGCUCCAGCACACAGUGGAAGAUGCAGUGGAUAACGUCGUGCGUGUGCCAGAGGAAGUGCAACGAUCCAGGCGACAUGUUUUCUGACCUGCGGUUACUCUAA